UCCCGUAUGAUGUUGAAUAGUUACAACUGUUGUUGUGUCGAGUGCUCAUGUUUUUACCAUGUUUGUUAUAAGAUUAUUUUUAUUUGUCGUAUUAGUAUUUGAUGCUUAUGGAAAACAUGAGGAAUAUAUUGGAUGGAAGUCAUACUACGUGGAGCUGAAAUCUGAAACCCAAUUGAAGACUUUUAAGUCUUUGAUAACGAAAUGUGAGAUUGAUGUACUGGUCCAUCCAAUAAUAGGUCGUGAAGGAAUAGUUAUAGUAAAGCCUGAAAAUCAAAAAACUUUUGAAAAAGAGGCUAAAGCAGAGGACAUAGCUUUUAGGAUACAUGUUAAUGAUAUAAAAAGGCACCUGGAUUACGAUGACAAGAUUCUUGAGAGGCACAGAAGAAACUCGAUGACCAAAACCAACGGUCGUCCUUUACCCUAUGAUAGCUACCAGGAAAUAGACGUUAUCAAUGAUUACCUCGACUAUAUAGGAGAGACAUACCCCAACGUUGCCAAGGUCGUUGAUGCCGCUAACUCCUUCGAAGGUCGUCCUAUCAAGUAUAUCAAGAUCUCCACCACCAACUUCGAGGAUGAGACCAAACCCAUCAUCUAUUUGGAUGGAGGCAGUCAUGCAAGAGAAAGAAUUUCCAUCCCUCCUGUCACGUGGGCAAUUCACAAGUUGGUAGAAAACGUCACAGAACAUGACCUCUUAGAAAGAUUUGAUUGGAUCCUUCUACCAGUUAUUAACCCUGAUGGAUACCAAUUUACUUUUACAACUAACCGAUUGUGGCGAAAAACUUGUUCGAAUGACCAACACUUACUCAGCACAGUCUGUUUGGGCGUCGACGCGAAUCGCAAUUAUGAUUUUUAUUGGAACACUGCUGGAGUAAAUGAUUCACCUUGUUCUGAUACCUACCCAGGCUCCAAACCAUUCUCAGAAGUGGAAACCAGGGUGGUCAGGGAUAUUCUUCAAGAAAACGUACAUCGCAUGGCUUUGUAUAUUUCCUUCCACAGUUUUGGCAGUAUGAUUCUGUACCCAUGGGGCAGUGGAAAUUUACCCCCGAAUGCGGUCGAAAUGCAUGAUAUUGCAAGUGCUAUGGCAGAAGUGAUCAACAAGCAUUCGAUACCAGAUUUUCCAAGAUAUUAUGCUGGUAACUUAGCUUUAAUGCUUGGUAAUGAAGUGUCUGGAAAUGCAGAAGACUAUGCUUAUAAUUUGGGAGUACCUUUGAGCUUUACCGUUAAUCUGCCGUAUCCAAUUGUUACAAAUUCUUUGGAGGGAUAUUUGUUAGAUCCAAAGUAUAUUGGACAAGUUUGUCGUGAAACAUGGGAAGGUCUGAUAGUUGGAGCCAGAAAAGCCGGUGAUCAUUUUAAAGAUAAAAAUCGUUAAGAUCAUAUAAAAACAAAGAAGAAACAUUAUUCACCUGAUGCCAAAACAAAAGUACGCAUAUAUAAAUUAACAGCAAACCUGAAUCAUAAAAAGGAGAUGUUAGUGGAAUCCUUUCGAAAUAAAACGUUUAUUGCUUAUCAAUCUCGGCUGUGGUGGUUUUAAUCAACUGAAUGAUAAACAUCUGUAUCUAUUUAAGUAAACAACUUCUAUAUCA